AUGGCUGAAGACAAUCAACAACCACAAAUACCACCCAACUAUGUUCAAUUCAUGGAACAAAACCAACACAUGCUCACCAGCAUGAUGACUGCCUUCAUUCAGGCACAAAAUCAAGCACCUGCUGUCAAGUUGCCAACACCACCUACAUACAGUGGCACUCGCAAUGCAAGUGAAAUUGAUGCCUGGAUUCGUUUGAUUGACAAACAAAAGCUGCACAACAGCUGGAAUGAAGAACGCACCUACAAUUUUGCCUCUUCUUUGCUAUCUGGACGUGCUGCCACUAUUGUUGCCCAUUAUGAAGAUCCCGACAGUAAUCUUACCACACCUACAACGUGGAUGGAGCUGAAGGACAUUUUGAUUAGCAAUUUCCGUCCCACCAACGAUCAAGAUUUGGCCCGUGAUGUUUUGGUCACCAUUCGCCAAACCAGUUCAAUUCGGGAUUAUGUGGAUCGUUUUAUGGAUGCUGUCAUUCCCAUCAAGGAUAUUAGUGAACGUGAGCAAUGUGAUCGUUUCAUGAGAGGUUUAAAGGACAAGGAAUUGAUUGCCAAAAUUCGCGCCAUGCCUAUUGAAUCACGUACGUUGGAGAAGCUGUUCUCUGAUGCUCUGGCUCAUGAAUUCGCCCACCAUCCGGAGAUCAGUGCUGGUGUUCAGACAAACACUAGAUACAAUAACAACAACGGUGAUGUACAGCCUAUGGACCUAGAUGCCAUCAUGCAUCGUAACAACGACAACAACAGUAACAGCUACAGCAACAACAACAACAGAAACAGAAAUAACAACAGGAGAAACAACAAUAAUCGCGGCCGUAAUAGGUAUGAUUCCAGCCUCACAUGUUUUCACUGCAAGAAAGUUGGACAUACCACCAAGAAUUGCCUCUCCCGUGCCACUGAAAUUAUGCAUGCAUUUGACAAGUUGGAUCUGGACACUAGACGCAAGCUUUUCAAGAAUGUUGGUGUUUUGAACUGUAUUUUGGAUGUUGAAUACAGAGAAGAGGAUAACCAUGGUUGUGAUUGCAACCAAUGUCAAAGUAGUAAUAAAGCUAGCGGUUCCUCUUACCUGUUGUCCCUGUGUGAUAAAAUUGCGGUUGAGAAAAGAAACGCACAGAUGGAUGAAUUGAAUCAAGUCUGUUGUGCCAGAAGGGCUACAACUGUCUAUAAAGAUUAA